CCAGCUUCCUUAUGAAGCAACACUUAUUGUAAGAGAGUGAGAAGAGCAGACUCUGAACAGGUGCUCCGCAGGUAAGAACAUCGUGGUGUGCAUUUAGUGUUGUGUCACAAUGUAUAAGAACCAGAAGAACAACACAGGGGGAAAUGCAGUGUUUUACAAACCAGUUGCAGUUACGACGGAAAUAAGAUCUGGAUAUCUGUUCAAGUCUCCUCCCCAAAGAAUGUUGAAGACGGAGAAGGCAUGGAAGAAGCGGUAUUUUGUGCUGUACAAAGUCAGUGAACAAGAACACCAGCUGACGUACUUCAGGAGUCUAGAAGAAAGGGACAAGCCACUUGGAGGGAUAGACUUAUCGCAAAUCUCACUGUUGUAUGUGAGCCCUCAAAACCACCAGAGAUGGGACUGGGUCAAGAAGAGCUUCAAGUGCUCCCCAUCCUGUGUGCUCUACAUCAAGGCAGCUAACCGGGACUACUUCCUCAUUGGGGAGAACAGUGAAGAAGUGGACGGCUGGUUCUCUGACCUGUUUGAAGCCCUGAAAAACCGGCCACAUAGAUGUAUGAGUUCAGAGGAAAUGCAAUAUGAGCAACCAACAAUUGAGGUUAUUUCAAAUCCCCUUAUGAAGAAUAGGAAUUCUGAUUCUUCUGAAAAGGCAGAGUUAAAAUUCCGGUCCCUGUCUGAUCCGUCCUCAAAUGCUUUGGAUAACGACACUGUAAAACCAAAGAGUGAAGAUCAUGCCAAAAGACGUGCAUCGGAACCUGUGAAUCCAAUCUAUGACUAUCCAAGAGACUACUUAAGACAAUCACAAAGGGAAACCCUUCACAAAAAAACGGCCUCAGUAUAUGAAUCGAUGAUGGGAGUUAGACAAAAUGCACAAGUGGCUGAGGAAGUGAACCUUGAAGUUGAGGAGGUUACAACGGGCACCCUGAUGAGGCAUGUAACUGAAGUCUUUGACAGGUUCAAGACACUGAUUUCGCCACUACCCCCAUUCAGUGAGGAGACAGACACUGAGGACAGGGAAGAAAAACGUCUGACGUCAGAUUUCAGCAGCAGCUCCAGUGACAAUGGGGCCAACUCUCCUGUAGAGAUGCUGGAGAUACCAGAUGUGCACACACUGAAAAGACAAAGCUCGACUGAAAGCCUGAACACCAUCACCCCAGAGGAGAGAGAUAUUAAGGUCCAGCAGGCAGAUUUGAAAAAACACCUGACACUAACAGAAGUGGAUGGGAAACCAAGUGUGUCUGGAUGGACAGGCCAGCCACAGACAGCAUGUCUGUUUCACAAAGGAGACCAAAUUCUGGCAAUUAAUGACUUGCAUGCCAGCAGCAUGGAGGAUUUCAACGUUUAUCUCAGCAAAUGUCUCAAGAAUGAGGUGAAAGUGACCAUCCUGCGUCUACCUGGAUGCCAGCCUCUGCAUUCAUCAAACUGUCCUUGCAGUGACUGACUGCAAACUGACCAUUAGAGAUGAAACAGUUACUUUUCAUGUUGGAUUGUACCAUGUAUUGACCACUUUAGACAACCAACAGUAUUUUGACAGGGCUGUGGGCAGUUCCUAUUGAUCUGUCACUCUACUAGUUUAUUCAAUUUAAAUGUCUAGAAAAGCUUUAAGUGAUGGUAAAAGUAAAAAAAAAAAUUUCAUGAUUUUAAUAUCUCAUCCACCAUGACUCACAUAUUUACAAAAGAUCAAAUGCACUUGGUGUGUGAACAAUGAUUUACAGUUUUAACAGAGCGUGAUUUAUAAUGAAAUGUUAUUGUGUAUUGUAUUUACUGCAAAUAAGAGGUUUGUUCUCAAAAGCCAUCCCUAGAAGGAAACAAAAGGCAGAGAUUUUACUAAGACAUAUUUCCUCAUACCGCCUGUAUGAUGCUAAAAAAAGGACAGUCUCAUGCCACAAGCUCCUGGACCCAAAACAAAUGUGCUCACAGGAUAAAAUUCAAAUUCAGGCACUUAGUGCAUAAAAUGGUGCAAAAUGCACACGGUUACUGUAUAUAGACUUCUGUAAAAAUGCUAUUUUUAAUAAUUAACUUUAAUCCAAGAUGACAGGAAGCAACGGUGUUCAUCAACAGCCAUCUCUCUCCCAUUUCAUAUCUCAGCUGUCCUAUCCAUUAAAGGCAGAAAUGAUAAAAAAAAAUAAUUAUAGCUUGGGAGGAUGUUUUUUUUAAAUUAUGUCUGGUGACCAAUGCCACUCCCGUACAACAUCAAAUGGAAAUUAUCUGCAAAACCCGUUCACUUGAAGUGCUACAAACCAUUCUUUUAUAUUUAAAAAUGCUAAAUUAUGUCCACAGUGAACAAGGACAAAGCUGGCCUCUAAAAACAUUGUUAAUAUUCCCAUGACAUCGUAUCAGUCUUUCCAAGCUUAAUGUUUCAAGUUUUAAUAGAGCUAUUAAACAGAUACGAGUUCUAACAAAGAAAUUAUUCAGGACAUUUAUUUCUUAAGGCCAUUCUUCAACUGUGAUGAUCAAGCUGUGAUGUAUUAUAAAUACUCUCCAUUACAAAUAAAUGCAUUCUUUGCAAGUGUGCAACAAAUACAGGUUGUACUGGGACAUUGAAUCUGUGUUUUAUUUGUAAAAUGAUAUGAAUAAACUUUAAACGCUGCCUUUUU